UCCCCUUCCCUCCCGCCUUCGUUUCCGGCUUCUUUUCCCUCCCUCCUUUUAUUCUUCAGCGAGCGCUUCGCGUCCCAUCCACGCAAAGCUUCCCGCACUUUUUGCCAGCAACUGCUAGCCAGUCUCGAAGCGUAGACCGCUCCCACUCCUUUGCAACUAACGUUAUUCGUUCCCGGCCCACAUCACGACUAUCUGCUGUCUUAAUUGCUGCUCGUCAUCAUGAACUCCGUCAUCAUCGCUCUCUCCCUCGCGGGUGCCGCCGCCGCACAGCUCGUCGCCGGCCCCGUGUCCAUGGUCCCCGCCUCCCAGGUGUACGCGUCGGGGACGCCCACCGCGGCCGACAACUCCAACCAGUACUCGGCAGCUGCCUCCUCCGCGGUCGCGUCCUCAGCGCCCGCGUCGCAGUACACGCAGCCGCCCGCGACUGACGGCGGACAGAGCGCCAUGCCCUACUCCUCCUUCAUGAGCGGCGGCUACUCGAGCAUGAACUGUGGCUACGGAUACUCGAAGGGCAGUGACGGGUCUUGCAAGCAGAUGAGCUGGUACCAAACGGAGGGUUGCUACGAGACGAUCAUCAUCAACCACGGCGGAAGCGGAUACGGUGGAUAUGGUGGAGGUUACGGCGGCGGUUGCGACAGUGGUAGCACCCAGACUGUCACCGAGACUAAGACCAUGACCGACACCAAGACCAUGACCGACACGAUGACCGUUACCAAGACCAUGACUGACACCAAGACCGUCGCGACCACCGUCACGAUGCACGAAACUUCGGUUGUCACCCAGGUCUCCACGGACAUCGAGUCGGUCACCAAGACGCUGCUCGCGACCUCAACCGAGCUGGUUCCCACCACCCGCGUCUGGGUCUCGACGGAGACGAUCGACAACACCAAGACGAUCGACCACACUCUCACUGCCACUGAGACGAAGACCCAGGUCAACGUCUACACGCAGACGCUCACCAACACCGCGACUGCGACCAAGACCCAGACGCAGCACGAGACGGAGACCGACAGCGUGACCGUCACCCGCCUCAGCACCAUCAUCCAGCCGACGACGUACUUCAAGACGUACGUCCAGACCUCCGUCAUCGACAACACCAAGACCAUCGAGAUGACGAAGACCGACACCAUCACGGAUGAGAUGACGAUCGUCUCCACCGCCACUGCCACCGCGACCCGCACCGAGACCGACUUCAUGACCGUCACCCAGGUCAGCACGGUCACGCAGCCCACCACCUACGUCCAGACGUCGGUCAGCACCCAGAUCAUCGACAAGACCAAGACCGUCGAGAGCACGAUCCUCCAGACCAUGACGGAGGACCGCACGUUCACCCAGACGUACCUGUCGACCGCCACUGCCACCGCCACCAAGACCGAGCACGACACCGUGUCGAAGACUGAGACGGAGACCGCCACCGCCACCGUCACCGACACCAGCCUCUACUCGUGCCUCGCGGGCUGCAAGACGAGCUACUACUUGACGCCCGGCAACUCGAUGUCGUACACUUACACGUCGACUGCGACUGCUGCCGCCACCUCGGUCACCUCCUCGAGCGACUGCGGUAGCAGCGGGUGUGGCUCCUCUUCCAGCUCGAGCAGCGGCUGUUCGAGCGGCAAGUGCGACAGCUCCAGCUCGUCCUCUUCCAGCGACUGCUCGAGCGGCAAGUGCGACUCGAGCAGCACCUCGACCAUGAAGAGCAGCUGCUCGAGCGGCGACUGCAGCGCGUCGUCUGCUGCCGGAAGCAGCGCUUCGGCAAGCAUGGCGAGCGCAACGUCGAGCUCGUCAUCAAGCGGGUCGUCGAGCGGCUACUCCGGCUCCGGCUCGGGCUCGUACGGCAACUACAACUACUAGGGUGUACCGUCCAUGGUACCAAAAGGGACAUUUCGCGUAGUGAUGAUCACGGACUCAUAGUCGAACUGAAACGGACAGUUUGGUAGUACGCGCGCCUGCGCCGCCUCGGGUAGUCUAGCUAGGGUUAUCUCCCCCAUCCCCACAUGCACUUACCCACCCGCUCGCCCGGGGUGGCCGGACGUUGUUAGGUCGAAUACGUUGCUUGCAACAUGCUUCAGCUAUUCUCCCGUUUUAUUUUCGUUGCUAUAUAUUCUAUCAUUGCUGAAGCUAUAAAUUAAUGGGCUGUAGGAAAG